CUCCAGCUCUCCAAAAACAGCCUGGAAAACAACCGCUUCCUCUUGGAGACGGGCAGUCAGUCAGAGCACGCACUUCCCCGCAGCAGCUCUGCUCCUGGCACCCAGACCCAGGCCCCUACAGCCCGCGCCCACUGCCCACUCCACCACCAGCCUGAAGAAGCCCACUCUGCUGUGCCGCCAUCACUCUGCUCCCGGCCCGGGCUCCCAGGAGGCAGGCGCUGCCCCACGUGGCCUGUGUCCACUCGCCCGAGGGGAGAAGGGGCCGCUCACUGCUCCCUCGCUUCGGCGGGAAGACGGCCUCCGGGCCCUGCUGGAGGUUCCUCCCGGGAUGGGCUGCGCCACCACCGAGGCUGCCGGCUUCAGCUCAGGCCUGGCCCUGUUCCAGGGGCAGGGGCGAGGGGAGGGGGGUCCCGAGGCCUGCCCGCACCUGUCUCGGGCCCCAGCUGCGCGGGGAUGAGUGGCGAUGUCCUCUAGCUGGCCCUAGCUGCACUCCUCCCCACAACAACGCCCACGGGACCUGGACUCUGCAGGACAGGGGGCUGGCACUCAGCAUGACCGUACAGAAACUGGUGGCCACAGCCGUGCUGGUGGCCUUCAUCUCACUGGUCCUCAACAACGCAGCAGCCUUCACCCCUAACUGGGUGUAUCAGACGCUGGAAGACGGGCGCCGGCGCAGCGUGGGGCUGUGGAGGGCCUGCUGGCUGGCGGACAGGACCCGUGGGGGCCCUGGGGCCCGGGCUGGGCCCGACACGAGAGACUGUGAGGCCGUGGGCUGGGGCUCUGAGUCGGCCGGCUUCCAGGAGUCACGGGGCACCGUCAAAUUGCAGUUCGACAUGAUGCGUGCCUGCAACCUGGUGGCCACGGCGGCGCUGGCCGCAGGCCAGCUCACCUUCGUCCUGGGGCUGACGGGCCUGUCCCUGAUGUCCCCCGAGUCCCAGUGCUGGGAGGAGGCUAUGGCUGCCGCGUUCCAGCUGGCAAGUUUUGUCCUGGUCAUCGGGCUGGUGACAUUCUAUAGAAUCGGCCCCUACACCAACCUGUCCUGGUCCUGCUACCUGAACAUCGGUGCCUGCCUCGCGGCCACCCUGGCCGCAGCCAUGCUCAUCUGGAACAUUCUGCACAGAAGGGAGGACUGCAUGGCACCCCGCGUCAUCGUCAUCAGUCGCUCCCUGACGGCGCGCUUCCGCCGGGGCCUGGACAACGACUACGUGGAGUCCCCGUGCUGAGAGUGGGGCCGGCCAGCCCCUCCCCACUUCUCCAGUGUGACGGAACCGUCUAGAAAGCCAGGGCUUGCACCCUGCCUGAGUACACGGCGGUGCAGCGGUUUCCUGUGCUGUCCCCCGCGUUCUGCAGAUAUGUGCCCUUCUGCCACCCCUGUCACCCGCUUCACAUGCUCCACGGCUGAGAUGGCGAGGUUGGGUGGAUCUCUCGGGAUCUGCUGGGAGGGAUGCAGGCACUGGGGUCUCACAGGCUCUCUCCCUGGAUGGUGAUGGCUUCACAACAAGCUUGUGUAAUGUCUGUUCUGCUCCUGAUUAUUUUUCUAAGUUAAAUAAAAUGCAAACCUCCCGGC